AUGUGUUCUCUAAGUAUUCAAAAGGAUAUUGUUGAUUCUUGUGCUAAAGAAACUAUCAAAGCCAUCAUUGAAGACUUGGAUGGGGAUUAUUUCGGGAUACUAGUUGAUGAAUCAAAGGAUAUAUCACACAAGGAGCAAAUGGCAAUUGUUCUGAGAUAUGUUAACAAAGAAGGUGAAGUAGUAGAGCGAUUUGUUGGUAUUAUUCAUGUUAGUGAUACAUCUACUCGUUCAUUAAAGGAGGCAAUCCACUCUUUUCUUUCAGAUCACUUAUUAAGUCCAUCACAAAUACGUGGGCAAGGUUACGAUGGAGCUAGCAACAUGCAGGGAGAGCUAAAUGGUCUUAAGAGUUUGAUUUUGAACGAGACUCCAUCAGCAUAUAUAUUGCAUUCAUUGUUUUGCUCACCAAUUGCAGUUAACACUUAUAGCUCUUGCAAAGAAGAAUUCGAAUGUAGAUGA